UGUUCAGUUUCCUCAACUUGAAUCAGAUUUUAAGUAACGAACCUCACAUGGACGACGACCAUGGCGAAUACGACUACUCCUGCUAAUGUUCCUUCUGAGGAGGGAGAACAACCGUAUUCAUCUGCUUCUCUCGCCAUCAUAUCCCUGAUCAUGGGGGUCAUCAUCGCUGUCACAAUCGUCGCCAACUUCUUGGUGAUUUUAGCCUACAGCCGCGUCUCCCAGAUACGGGACAAAGUCGGCAAUCUGCUCAUCUUGAAUCUCGCAGUCACGGACUUCAUGGUCGGUGUAUUCAGUUUGACUUUUAACUUUGUAUGGCUGUUGAGAGGCUUUUGGCCACUGGGUGAAGUCAUCUGUAAGCUCUGGCUGGUCCUGGAUUACACCAUAUGUUGGAUGUCUAUGAUCACGCUGGUCCUCAUCAGUUGGGACCGUUACUGCUUGGUCAGUAUGGGUCUCAAGUACAAGACAUACCAGACGAAGAAGCGGGUGGGACUGAUCCUCGCCGUCGCUUGGACUGUCGUUCUUCUUCUUGUCACUUUGAUCGCGUUUGCUUGGAGUCCAAUAUCAGGAGAGUCCAACAUAGAUUAUGACAGAAUGUGCACCAUGGAAUUCAUAGUUCUGGGCUACGCGCCUCUGGCUAUUAACAUGAUCCCGUUUGGGAUAUUGCUCGUAUGUGUAGUCAUUCUGAAUUCAUAUGUGUACGCUAACAUCUAUCAAAGGUCUAAGGUUAGAUUGAGUCACAUAGGAAAAGAUAAAGUGAAAUAUACUACUACAAAACUCGACGGCAAGGCCAACGGGUCACCUAGCGUCUCAUCAAACAUGACAUUGACGACUGAACGCUUGUCAGGUAACACGGAAGAGAUCGAGGCUGCAGAAGCAACUACACUCAACACCCUCGAAAAGGGUGAAGACGUUGCAGAAAAGGAACGGAUAACCCUUGCCCGACACAAGAAAGCGGCUAUCGUUCUCAGUAUCUUGACGGGAGUCUUCGUGGUGUCCUGGUUGCCUUACAUAACAACAACAGUGAUCUACGCCAUGUGUAUGGAUUGCGUGUCGGAUACCGCUUGGGAGGUGACUGAAGUGCUGGGAUGGUGCAACUCGACCAUAAAUCCGUUCAUAUACGCUGCCACCAAUCUUCAAUUUCGUAAAAUCCUUCGAAGAUACCUCCGUGUUGAUCGAUGGUGGUGUGGGUCAAAGCGGUCUUGACGACGGUGUACCCUGAUACGAGUGGUCAGUGAAGUUAAUGGUGAUGGUUGGAACUGACCAACGUGGUAAUUUUAACAUGAAUAUGCGGUCCAGUCUUAUUGAUAGCCGUGUAUUUUGAAUUUUAAUUUGAAUUAGAAUUUUAAAAACCACAUAGCAGCCAAGACUUGUUCUUCCAUCCCAUCUCGUUGGUUCCUGAACUGAGAGAUUCAAACUUAGUGGAAUCCAUUUAAACCAAAAAAUGAAAAUAAUAUCCAAACUAGUGAUAAACUAUAUACUUAUUUCGUAUUAUUUUCUUCAUGUUUAAAUACUGUAUUGCAUGGUGGAAAAUAAAUUAUCCACCAACUUUAGCAUGUUUUGUAUCCUUGACUAUCCAGUGAUAGUUGUACAUAUUAGAACUAUACCUCUUGAUUUUAAAUCAACGUGGAGCGUUGUGGCCCAGUGGAUUGGUCUUCUGACUUUUAAACAGAGGGUCGU